AUGCACGUUGAACACAAGAAGGCCAAGAUGGAGACUGUUCAGGGCUCCGUCGCUCUGGACAUGGCUAGAAGGACCAGUCCCCCGAGUCCGUGGAGUUCAGACAUGAGAAAGCUAUACUUGGUCUUGACUGUGGCGUAUCUUUGUUCAGCCUUGAACGGUUUUGACGGCUCACUCAUGGGGGCUCUGCUUCCUAUCUCGCAGUUUCGGGAAACUUUUGGCUCUGGCUUGGUCGGUGCCAAAGCCUCCCUGAUCCAGGGAAUGUACACCAUUGGAGGUGUUUCCGCGCUGCCUUUUGUCGGCUUCUUCCUGGAUACUUGGGGACGACGAUGUGGCAUGUUUGUUGGAUCCUGCGCGGUCAUUCUCGGGACUAUUCUGGGUGGUACCGCCAACCACAUGGAUCAACUGCUUGCCAGCCGAUUCUUCCUCGGCUGGGGAUACUCGUUGGCCUCCUCUGCCGCUCCCGCGUAUGUGGUGGAGAUGAGCCAUCCCGCCUACCGUGACAUCCUGACCGGUUUGUACAAUUGCCAGUACUUUGUCGGCGCGAUUGCCGCUGCCGGUGCGUGUCGCGGGUGUCUGAGAUUCUCGAGUUCCCUUGCGUGGCGAAUUCCCAUUUGGUGCCAGUUGAUCUCGUCCAGCAUUGUGGUGAUCACUGUUUGGUUUAUCCCCGAGUCACCUCGGUGGCUCUAUAGCCAUGGCCACCGCGACAAAGCCUGGGAUGUCAUUAUCAACUACCACGGCGAAGGCUCCCGGGAUAAUGCCUAUGUUCAGCUGCAAAUCCGAGAAUAUGAAGAGGCGAUCAACCUGGAAGGCUCCGAUAAGCGGGCCUGGGACUUUAGAGAACUCGUUAACACGAAGCCCGCGAGAUGGCGCCUUCUCUGCGUGGCCAUCGCAUCUUUUAUGAGCCAGUGGGCACAGGCUGGUGUCACGACCUAUUACAUCGGUGGGCUGUUAGCGACAGCUGGAAUCACGGAUACGACGCAAGUACUCAAUGUCAAUCUGGGCAACACCGUUCUUUCUGCGGCUGGAGCCUAUUUGGGUAGCUAUCUGGGCCCGAAACUUCGACGGAGACCCAUGAUGAUUGGCACAUCUAUUUUAUGCAGUCUCUUCUUUGCGGGUUUCUCUGCCACCACUGGGGUGUACACAAAGUCGCUGGAGAUAGGAGCAGCCACUGGCUCAAUUGUGUUCAUCUUCCUCAUCGGCUUCUGUUACAGCUUUGGCUGGACCCCAUUGCAGGCCAUGUAUGCCGUCGAAUGUCUCUCCUACGAGACCCGCGCCAAGGGAAUGGCCAUGUACUCUGUCUUUACUAAUAUUGCCCUGUUGGUGAACCAGUUCGGGAUAGGAGGUGCCAUCGAUGCCAUUGGCUGGCACACAUACAUUAUUUUGGCGGGCUGGAAUAUUGUCCAAGGCAUCGUUAUAUACUUUUUCGCUGUUGAGACAAACCAGCGGACUCUCGAAGAACUCAGCGAGAUCUUCGAUGCCCCCAAUCCCCGCAAGAAGAGCACGGAGCCACAACAGGUCUUGGUUUCUGAGACUGAACAGGUGGUGCAGGUUGAAAAGGCAUAG